AUGGGUUCGAUUACUCCAUCAGUCUCUGAGUAUGAUGUGGCCGUCUCCCGAGACGAAGGGCUGGGCCAACUCUUCUAUCAACGGAUGGUCGAGGACCCCUCGGCCGUGGCAAUUGUCGAUGAACAGGGCCAAAGCCUGACAUAUGAAGCACUACAUGAGAAAGCCAUCGAACUGGCGCAGGUCUUAACCCGGGAGGCGUUCAAAGUGGAGGAACGGGUUGGCAUUGUCGUUCAGCAUGGGCUCUGGGACGCCGUCACACAGGUGGCCAUCAUCUACGCGGGAGGGACGUGUGUCCCUCUUGAUCCUCUCUUGCCCGACCAGCAGAUUAUCAACCGACUCAAACGGUUGGGCACUAGGUACGUGCUCGUAGACGAGGCCAACAGCAAGCGGAAUCUCCCCUUCGCCUUACUUCCUCUCGGCAAGCUUCGACCCGAAGUCAGCAAGUCAUUCUGUACACCAGCGGCCCAGUUUCCCGCCCCGACUGGAUUGGCACACUGUACACACCUGAUUCACACCUCCGGCACGACCAGCGAGCCCAAAGCCGUGCAGAUCGCCGCUCGCUCCAUCGUCCAUGUGGCGCAUCACGCUCCCUACGACCCCGUCCGCAAAUCUGACGUGGUGGGCCACGGCAAUAGCACCAGCUUCGAUGUGGCCCUGUUCGAUAUCUGGACCGCCCUCGUCCGCGGAGCUGCUAUUGGCGUGCUCAGCAAGGCAACCCUGCUGGACAUCCCCGCCAUGGCAGCCGCCAUCCGCCAGCUGGGCAUCACAAUCAUGGCCAUUACCGCGCCCCUAGUCAAUCUGGCGGCAACAACGUGUCCCACGACGUUUCAACCGCUCCGGGUAGUCCUCAUGGGCGGCGAAGCGGCCAAUCUCCGCGCGAUGGAGGCGAUUCUCACCGCCGGGCCGCCGGAACAUCUCAUGAACGCCUACGGGCCCACGGAAUGCUGCGUCUACUGUCUCACCCACGAGAUCACCAUGGAAGACGUGGAGGCGGGCAAAGUGAGCAUUGGCAAGCCUAUCGGCCGCAAUGUCUGCUGCGUGUGUGACGAGGAGGGCCGUCUUGUCGCCGAGGGCGAAGAGGGAGAGUUGCUGGUGGGCGGUCCCGGUGUGUCGCCGGGAUAUGUCAACCAGCCGGACAAGAACGCAAAGACCUUCAUCCAGGUUGCUGGAAUGGUUGAUCCCCUUACCGGUGAGCUGUACCGGAUGUACCGCACGGGGGAUAUGGUGCGGCUGCGCCGUGACGGACAGCAUGACUUCCUGGGCCGCCGGGAUCACCAGGUCAAGGUCCGAGGAUACCGGGUCGAGCUGGCAGCUGUUGAUGCCGCACUGAUGAAGACCGGCCACUUCUCUGAGGGGUUUUCCAUGCGGAUGGAUUCGAAGGAGGACGGGGCGGGUUCGACGCUCGUGGCUUUUGUGGUUCUCCAGGCCAACCCCCGGGACGAUGCCGUGGUGGAUGCGAUGAAGACGCUGCGGGCGACAUUGCCCGAGUAUAUGGUGCCACAUAUUGAGGUCAUCCCGGAAAUGCCGCUCAACGCGCACGCGAAAGUGGACCGCAGGAAGCUGGAGGAGAUGUAUCACCAGCGCCGGGAGAAGCAUCUCUGCACUCUCCAUGGGAACUCAAAGGAUAUGAGUACGCGCGAGCACCUCACCAGUCUGUGGGCCACCAUUCUGGCCACUCCCAUCCCUGAAUACGCAGACGACGACGACUUUUUCGCCCUCGGCGGCACCUCCCUUCAGGCGUCGUUGCUGAUCAGUCGCAUCCGGCAGCAGUUGCGCACGGAGCUCUCUCUUCUCACCCUGUACGACCACUCCAGUCUGGGCCAGCUUGCCUCGGUCAUUGACCGCCACCGGGGAACAGCCAUGGCAACCGUGCGCAAUGAGAGCUCCCUCUGGAUUGCAGACACAAAGCUGGCGGAUGGCCUUCAGCUCCCUCUGGGGCCGGUCAUUGACUGGCGCCGGGAUACCGAGGGCCGCGUGUUCCUGACGGGCGCCACCGGGUUCGUCGGUGCCUUCCUGCUGGCGGAUCUGCUGAAGAUGCCCGACGUGCAUCAGGUAGGCUGCCUGGUGCGCGCCAUUGAUACCGCUACUGGCCUAAAGCGCCUGCAGGCCGCCCUCCGCAAAUACAAUCUCUGGCACGACACUUUCCUGCCCAAGCUGCUCCCUCUCUGCGGCUCGCUAGAGGACUACUGGCUUGGUCUGGGCGAGCAGCGCUUCCACGAGAUCGCUAACUGGGCCAGUGUCAUCUUCCACCUCGGCGCGCGUGUCAACUACACCCAACCUUACUCCCUACACCGUCCGGCCAACAUUCUCGGCACCCUCAACGUCGCCCGGCUGGCAGUCACGGGCCGCCUCAAGGGCCUCCACUACUGCUCCAGCAUCUCCUGCUACGGCCCAACGGGGUCCGUCACCGGCGCCAAAAUCGUCUACGAAGACGCGCCUCUCCUUCCGCAUCUGGACGCCCUCCCCUACGACCACGGCUACGCGCAGAGCCAAUGGGCCGCCGAUCAACUCCUCCAACGCCUCGUGGGCCGCGGAUUCCCCAUCGCUGUGUACCGCCCUGGCUUCGUGACAGGCGACCAUCGGACGGGGGCUUGCAACCCGGACGAUUUCUUCAGCCGGCUGAUCCGCGCCAGCCUCGACCUGGGCUCGUACCCGGACCUCCCCAACCAGCGCAAGGAGUUCGUCCCCGUGGACUACCUCGUCACCGCCAUGCUGCACAUCUCCUCCAGCGUGUUCUCCCUCGGCCAUGCCUUUCAUCUUCUGCCCCAGCGAUCCAUGUCAGUCGACAUGGGCGAGGUCAUGGAGUUGCUGGGUCAGGCGCGCGGCGCCGCGCUGCAACGAGUCAGCUACGGCGAAUGGAUUGAGCGGCUCUCGGCGAGUGCGCAUGCAAGCCUCCAGCCGUUACUUCCCAUGCUGGCGGAGAAGGUGCACAAGGGCCUGACUCGAUGGGAGCUGUAUGAGAAUAUGCCCACGUACGACGAUACCAACACCAUGCGGGCGUUGGCGACCUAUCCGGGGGUGUUACAGUGUCCGCCUUUUGACUGCGCGUUGAUGAAAAAGUAUGUUGAUUAUCUGUCUACUUGUUAG